ACGUUUCAAGAAGCAACCAACCCCACAUCUAUAAAACAGUUAAUUACACAAACAUUGAAUAUCAGUUAAUAAAUAUGAAAAAUAAGUUCUCAAUCGUCUUUAAGCUUUUGAUACUGCACUAUCUUUCGGUUCUUGGCCAUUCUCAGGAUUUUGAUUUUUUCUACUUCGUCCAACAGUGGCCAGGAUCAUACUGUGACACAAGGCAUAGCUGUUGCUAUCCAAAAACUGGGAAGCCUACUGCGGAUUUCGGGAUUCAUGGUCUCUGGCCUAAUUACAACGAUGGUAGCUACCCUUCCAGCUGCAAUCCUGACAGUAUUUAUGAUAAAUCUCAGUUAUCAGACUUGACAAGCAGUCUGCAGAAGAAUUGGCCAACACUAGCCUGCCCUACCGGCGAUGGCCACAAAUUCUGGUCACAUGAAUGGAUAAAGCACGGAACCUGCUCCGAAUCAGAACUGGACCAACAUGAUUAUUUCCAAUCAGCACUUAAUCUCAAGGCCAAACUCAACCUUCUGCAAAUUCUGAACAAUGCUGGAAUCAAAGCAAAUGAUGGAUUUUAUGAACUAAGCAGCAUUGAAGAAGCCAUAAAAGAAGCUACUGGAUACACUCCUGGAAUAGAAUGCAAUGUUGAUGGAUCUAAAAAUAGUCAGCUCUUCCAAAUUUACAUGUGUGUCAACACUUCUGGGUCUGACCUCAUUCAAUGUCCAAUCCUGCCAAGAGGAAGAUGUGCUGAUCAAGUUCAGUUCCCAAGAUUUUAGACUGCUAUUUGUAAUUGUUGAACAAUAUCACAUGCCAAUUUACUGUUUUCACCAUUAAUCCAAAUAUGUCAAAUGAUAAUACCGAAAUACACGAUUCUCAUUUCAA